AUGAGAUACCGUCUCCAGUCUCUCAACAUCACCACUGAACCAUCCAUAUUAACAGCUGCGUUGAAAGCGAAUCGAAUUGCUGACGACGUUAGCAUCGGUAACUCCCUGAAUCCUCUUCGACCUUCCUUCCCCUCUACGCAACCCCGACUAAAUCCGCGUGUCAGUAUGCCGAAGGACAACGACCCAUGGACCGACUGCUUCAUUCGUUUCAAGCAACAAGUCGAUGAUCACAUCGCAACUAUACUGCAUGACGCAUUGGGAAUUCCCACCGUCGUCUCCAGAAACCUUAACAGUCAUUGGAUGACAACCUCGUCUCCUCGUACGGAUGCGCAGACCAGCAACGACGGCAGUGCCGCCAAUCAGCCCCAUGAAGAUCCCCAAUCCGCCUCCCCUCCGACAGGGCGGCCACACCCACGCGAUGCCUUUAUUGCGCUGUCUCCCAUGCGUUCCCUAUUCGACCCCGGACUCCUGACCGAGUCUCUCUACCAAGUCAUGUGGAUGUCCUUCCUCGUCGACUCGCCAUACUCGCCGCUGCGACUGCGCGACUUGCCCCAGCCCGUACCACGCGAUCUCCCCGAGGGCGCCGACCCCGGUCUGUUCGGCUUCGAAGACGCCUUCGAGGAUCUCCUCAUGGUGACGAGCGGCCAGGGCCUGUCGGAUAUAAACGCCCGGUACGAGCUGAAGAAGCAGUGGAACGAGCUCUACCCGCGGGGCCUCCCGCCCGUUCUCUGGCUGCACCAGCUGUGCCGUCAAGGCCUGUGGGACGGCUGGGAGGCCAGGCCCGACGUCUUCGAAGGCGCUGUCAGUGAAAGGUGGCGUCGGUGGCUCGAGGAGCAGGGCGACCCCUUCCGGGCGGACCGAGAAAGGGCCGCCCAAAUCCCGAAAUCCGAGACGCCCAAGCAGAUUACGGGUUCGGAACAUGGGCGUGCUGCUGCUGCUGCUGCUGCUGCUGAGGCCAGUAGUUCCUCGUCUCCACCUGCCGAGGCCCGCGGACAGACCGAGGAAGAGGCUUACAAUGCCUUGACCGAGAGAAAACAGACCGGACGAGCGGAGGAGCCGAUGUGGGGGAUGUGGAAGAACCUCUUCGAAUCGGACGAGGGACUUUGGAAGGAGUCUGGGCAGCAAGGGAAGCGUGCGACAUCCCGAGAUCUCCCUGCAGGAUGGAGGGUGGACGAGACAGUCCGGGAGAAAAAGGAUGUCAAUGGAAACAUCAGCGUGACAACGACUAGGACCACUUUCGAUGACAAAGGCCGGGAGGUUGGCAGAGAAGUGGUCACUCGGUCUCACUUCGCCUGGUCAUCGAACGGCUCUGGCUCUGGCUCUGGCUCUGGCUCUGGCUCUGGCUCUGGUGGAGACCAGAGAGAGCCACGACCGAACAGCCAGGAUGGUGAUACAGGCCACCACAAGGACGGGACUAAGACUUACCUCGGUUCUCGGUUCUACCUAGUCAGGCUCCGCAAUAUGGUAUCAGACAGCAUGAUGUCCUCAACGCUUUGGGGGGGAGGGGGGAGUUCAGGAUCUGUUGGUGCUGUACCAGAAAGUGCGUCGUCGGCCUUUGGAAGCAGCGAGAACCUCGCAAGACGGAGCGAGCUUGGGUUGACUUUCACUCCCAUGUGGACAGUAAGCAAGCGCAUAGAGAAGGUGGCUCGCGUCGGACAGGAAACAUCGCCGGGCAGCCAGGGGCAAGCAUUCGGGAGAAGUAAUACUAGGUGGAGCCAGGCCAAAGUGCAGGGGUCGGAGGGAUGAAGGAAUCAGGAUCAUCAUGAGAUGCAGCAAGAGGCGAAAUGGACAGCUUGGCGACACGGGAAAAGAGGCUGAAGGAAAAUAACUUGCAGCAUCUUAUCUUGCCACUCCACGUGUGUUUCGGGG